UGCGUGAAUCUUGGUAGAGCUAAAGCGCGGUGCAACAGCCAAGAAGCUAGUCUAAACUAGUGGAUGGUUGUUUGCAGUGGGCCACAAGAUCAUGGUACGAGGGAAGGUCCAGAUGAAGCGGAUCGAGAACCUGGCCCACCGUCAGGUCACCUUCUGCAAGCGCCGAGGCGGGCUGCUCAAGAAAGCCAAGGAGCUAUCCGUUCUAUGUGAUGCUGAUAUCGGGAUUGUUAUAUUCUCUACUCAUGGCAAGCUAUAUGAACUAGCUACCAAAGGAACAAUGCAAGGUUUGAUGGAGAGGUAUAUGGAAACAUCAGGAGCUGUGAUGGAGAGACGUGAAACAAAAGUUAGAAAACCAGCCUCGGAAUUAGAGAAAGAGAUAUCGAUGUUGAAAGAAGAGAUACAACAGAUAGAAAAGGAUGUCAGAUAUAUGUUUGAGGAGAGACCAAGAGAUAUGACGUGGGAUGACUUACAUGCAUUGGAAAGGCAUCUUGAACUAUGGAUAAAUCACAUCCGAGCAACAAAGAUGCAAAUUUUGCUUCAAGAGACGCAGUUACUGAAAAAGAAGGAGGGAAUACUCAAAGCAGCGAAUGUAUUUCUUCGCGAAAAGAUUGUGGAGCAAACUGGGAUUUUCGAUAUGUAUUCGGUGGCUGCAGGGAUUCCAUGUCCGCUAACAAUACAAAAUGAGAUUUUUCAUUUUUAGAAGCAUUGACUUGGACUAAACAACGUCGAUAAGGUCUGAGGAAGGUGGCUAAAGAGCCUUGAUUAGCUACUGUUAUAGUGAAUUGCGUUUCACUGAUUAUUCCCAUAAUCGCUUACUACUACAAACAGAAUAUUUGGGAUUUGUUGUC